CUGACAGUCACGUGACACGGGGCAGGCAAAGCUAAUCGAGCAGGAGCCGGUGGCGUGAGUUGGUCUGUCAGCCUGUGUGUGCUGGGCUGCAGAGAUGGCAAAUAUUUUGAACCUCGAGAAGAAGUUGGCAGAAUACAAAUGUGAUACCAACAAGGCUAUUCGGCUGAAGUUAGUUCGAUUUGCUGAAGACCUGGAGGAUGAGACAACAAGCUUCAGUCCGUUAUUCAGUCACCAAGUGUUCGGAGAUGAAGAAUCAGUAUUUGGCUACAAGGACCUUGAAAUCCAAUUGUACUACACUACCUGCAGCCUCACUACAUUCUUCAAUAUCAAAUACUCCAGCAAAGUUGUAGAAAAAUAUGACAACGUAGAGGUUGAUAAUGUUGAAAGUAAAAUGUUAGAAUUUAUCCCACCUGGUUACUGCAGCAAUCUUGAUGAGUUUAUUGUGCAACUGGAAAAGGAUGCCUCCUUCAGACCAUUUGGAUUACUUAUUCACUCAUACACCAUGUAUGAUGAGAAAGAAGGAAUGGAGUUAAACUAUGAGAUUUACAAGACUGAUAUUACCUGUCCAGGAUUCAGAGAAUAUCACAAGAGACUACAGACCUUCCUUAUCUGGUUCAUUGAAACAGCAAGCUUCAUUGAUGUGGAUGAUGACAAAUGGCAGUUCUUUCUCGUGUUUGAAAAGUACCUUGAAGAUGGCUCUCCACGUUUUGCAACUGUGGGUUAUAUGACUGUAUAUAAUUUCUAUGCGUACCCUGAUAAAAUGAGACCUCGAAUUGGCCAAAUGCUGGUGCUGCCUCCGUUCCAAGGUGAAGGACACGGUGCACAACUGAUGGAGACGGUCCAGAAAUAUUACACAACAAAGCCAUCCAUUUUGGAUAUCACUGCUGAAGAACCAUCUGACGACUUUGUGAAAUUACGAGAUUAUGUUCUUGCUAAACUUUGCCAGGAUCUCCCUGCCUUUUCACCUGAAAAACUCAGGAAAGGAUUCAGUGCAGAAAUGGUAGAAGAGGCCAGAAGAACCUGGAAAAUAAAUAAGCAUCACGCAAGAAGAGUAUAUGAGAUUCUACGGCUGCGAGUGACCAACAUGAGUGACCCAGUGCAAAGCAGCGAGUACCGGUUGGAUGUGAAACGCAGGCUUGCCAUUCCCUUUAAGAAAAAUAAGAAAGAAGCAACGCGUCUUUCUCGUUUGAUGCCUGAAGAUUGGCUUGCACAACAGGCAGAGAUGAGUUUGAGCCAAGAGCAGGAAUAUUUGGAAGAAACCUAUCAGAGCACUGUGGAACAGUACCGACGUAUCCUAGAGCGAUUGGCACGUGCCUGAAUUCCUUUGCGAUUCUUCCCUUCCCUCCCCCCCCCCCCCUUUAUUUGUAUGCAAGAGUCUAGAUUGGUUGACUAUGGUUGUUAAUGUUGCAUUGUAUUUUGUGGUCAAGAGACUUUUGCCAAUCACAAUCAGUAAGUGGCUUUCCAUUGAAACUGAAGCACUUGAAUCAAUGUUAAGCCUUUCUCUGUUACAGUGUAUACGUUGCUUAAAAUUGUGACAUCAAUUCAAACAAUAUCUUUUCAAAAUGUAUAUAUAGAAGCACUGUACUAUAUUUUUAGAAACAUAUUUACUGAACUACUUCUGGAAUGUCUAGCUGCAAUUAAUGAUUUUGGUGGGAGACAAGGCCAGUGGACUCUGAAGAUGUUCAUUUAGCAGAGAAAGCCAGUGUCCUGUCCACCAGCUAUGCUUUUUGGCAUUAGAUUAAAAAAAAAUUCUAGUUUGUCUGAUUUGAUUUAUUUUUGGAACUUGAGAGUUCAGCAAACAAUUAUGCCUUAGUUUUAUAUCACUAUGUACUUCUGGUAAAAAUAAAUAUACUUUGUUAUCCAGUUUUUAAAAAAUAUAUUAAAGGGUGGUACAGUAUUCACAGCGAACACUGCUGGUACAAUCACUAAUACUGGAAUUCUACCACCAAUGAAUAGUCUAUAAGUAAAUAGUAAAAGUAUAUGCAAAGUACCUUUUAACUUCACCCAGCUGGUGAGAAUUUGGCAUUUGCACUCCAUUGGGCUAUUGCCUUUGGAUAUCAAUUCAACUUAGAUUAGUAGAAUAAAGUAUCUUCUGUGUCAGCAUGGUGGUAUAUGACUGCUGUGUGAAAUGAGUUUCAAUAUUUGGUCUGGUCAGAAGUACAUCUGGCUUGUGAUAUGUUGCAUUGUAACACUGUUGAAAUGGCCCUCUUAAUUUUUGGCUGAGAGCCUUACUUUUUCCAACUUGUCUGUAUUUGCUUUGGGAGUUUUUGCUGAAUCACAUUUGUGUAUGAAAUAUACAUAAUUCUAUUUCCACUAACAGCUCUCACUUUUGAUGGAAGAAUGUUACAUGAUGAACUUGUGGGGAUAUCAACUAUUUUGCUUCUGUGUUGCUUUUUGAAUCUUACUGGCCAUUUUUUUGCUCCAUGAAUUCUUAUCUGUAUGGAUGGAGCCAAGUCCUUAAGUGAGAUUCUAUAAAGGUGUUUUUGCAGGGUGUUGUGCAUCAUUUUGAACAUUCUGAUGAAUACUAUUGUUAAUCACAAAUCUUAGCAUUGCAAUUAUGGACUCUAGUCGCAGCAGUAAUAGUUCCACCAACCGAAAAAUAAACACAUUUGAGGUGUUUCCAGAGUUACCAGUUUUAUUUUCACUCAUCUUUUCAAGAAGACAAGAACCAUCCUUGUAAGUUUUCUUUGCAUUUAUAUUAAGAAUCCUUUAGUUACUUUUUGUAACAGUUGUUGCAAACACGGCAUUUCUAUGAGUGUGAUUAAAAGUGUUGCUUGA